AAAAAUGUAAAUUACAAACUGCAGUCGUUUUUCGGCCACUGAGCAAAAAUUAUUCGCUGCAUUUUUAAUUAGGUUGUGUGCAAUAUGAUGCCAUACUAAUCAUAAACUGAAUUUGCUCGUCUUAAAUUUUAAAUUAAUUAAUAGGCAUCUAUUUGUAUUUGUAAAGUGUCUUGGACUUUACCUUGCGAGUACGCGUAUGAAGGACAGAGAGAAAACAACAGAUUUCUGUGUACAUAAAUCUUCAAUGGCAUUGCUGCUGACUACAUACGUGUCAUAAACAGACGUGAAUGUUUGAAUGGGAAUCCUGAUUGACUGAGAAAUCAUCACUGCCGCAAGAUGAGCAAGUUUACCAGGAGUGGUGUUAUGAUGGUGUAUUCGAACGACGAUGCCGAGGUUGGUGGCGAAGAAUCGCUGUUCCAGGACACCACAACUAUUUCACCGUCAACCUCGUCCUCAGAAGGAAAUAAGAUUAAACCCUCAGGAUCAAUUAUUGCGCCUCAACAAGGAUCAAAAAUUGCUGAGGUUAAAGCUCAAAACAAGACUGUCUUGCCCACGGCUACCAAAUCAAAAUCGUCAAAUAAGAAACUUCAUGUCUGCGCUUCAGACCUGCCAGAAAAUUAUUUUGAUGACCUUCUGGACAUAAUGAGCCUGCCACCUAAAAAGAAGCAAAAGAUGGUUGUUGAAUUAGGUGACGAUGAACCUCCUAGUGUCCAAAUCAAAUUGGAAAAGAUAGAAAACAGUUCAAUCUCUUCACUUGAAAAUGGAUGUGAUCCUAAUGUUACUUCAGCUCAAAAUGUCUCUGUAAGCAAGAAGAUCAAAAUCACCCUGAAGAAGAAGCCCCAGUCUGAUUUGAUUCCAACUUGGAAUGAAAAUUCCACUGAAGACGAAAACAGUCAAACUGCAGGUUCCGACCAUCAGCCAGACCAAGUUGAAGCUAACAAAAUUAGCGGUGCCAUAGAUGCUGCAACUAAAGAGAACAAACUACCUGCUGCAAAUACAACUAGACAAUCUCCUGAGAUGAGUGGAAAGGAAACAGCUACGCCCAUAUCUCAGUCGAACGAGAUGGCGAUCCUGGAGAAGGAAAAAUUCUCUACCAUUCCGUCACCACCGAAGAAAGUUGGCAGCGUUCAAAGGGAAAUUAGUAAAGAAGAGGAAAAUAAGUUAUCUUCAGUAGCUAACAAAUCACCGAGUGAGACAAAAAUUCCUAGUCCAUGUGAUAGCGGAAGUAAGAAAGCCACUUUUAAAGGACAGCCGUUGUAUAAAAGUCCACCAAAGGGUCGGAAUAAAAAUGCUCUAAGUACAGUGCCUACAUCAGUUGUGCCACUGAUGGACAUUCAAUACACUGUGCCUCCAUUAGUGCCUGACGUUCGACAAGACCAUCCUCCUGGCAAGAGCCUAUUGCCAACACCUUUUCCAACUUCACCUAGGCCAAGCUACCCUACUCAGAAUUUCCAUCAGCCCAUGUAUCCUGGCAACAUGCAUGGAAAUUUUUACCAUGGACAGGGAUACCCUUAUCAACCAUAUCCUUAUUAUGGUCCAGCAGGAAAUAUGGAAAACCCUUACUAUCCUGGGGAAUACCGCUACAACCAGCUGGCUCAGCAACCAACGGGAAUGAAUUAUAUUAAUUUUAAUUCUCUUAAGCAGAUGCCAAUUGACGAAAUGAAGCAAUUACCAGGAAAACCACAAUCCUCUAACAACGCUGUUUCAGCAGGUGUAAAUCCAGCAGCCCAACCAAACAAUCUUGUUAAAGGUGGCAAAGUGCAGGAAUCGAGCAAUUUAGUCAAUGUAUUAUUGAAACAACAGAAAAAUAACCAAAUGGGCAAGACUAACCAAACCCUGCAAGCUAAAGUGUCCCCAAUAAUAAAAAAGCCGGGAACACUGACUGACGGCAGCAAAGGGAAAAGUCCUCCAAUCCACACCAGAAAGGAUUUUGGUCUCGUGGAAACAAAUGCAGCACAGGUGAAAGCUAAUAAGGUGCAAAGAACUGGAAUAAUCAUAAAUUCAAAGGCAAAAGACACAUCUAAAAUUAAAGAGAGCGCAAAGCCAAUCAAUAACUCCUCUGCUUGCAAAUACUGUGGUACUCCAAAAGAAGACUUGAGAUGUGCAACUGUGAAGAAAGUUUUGAGCACUGAAAAGCAGACGAGUACGGAAGCAAUCAAGUCUCAAUUAAAGGAAACCAGCUGCAUGACGGAUUCGCCUCCAGUUGUUCCAGUCAAAUCAUUCUCUACAAUUGGAACACAGACCGAGAAACCCAAAAACAGAGACAUGUUCACGAUGACCAUAGCUAAAAAAAUUGGAUCUACCACAGUUGAAACUCAGACUGAUUUUAAAAUUGAGAAGGCUAUUCUAAGUAACGUACCAAACAAACCAGUCAAACCACUGCCAACGAAAAGUGCACCACAGCCGAUGAAAAAUGUAUCCCGGCCAGCAAAAAUUGCACCCCAGGCAACCAAAAGUGCAAUCAAGCCAACAAAAAGUUCUCCCCUGCCAUCAAAAAGUGCCUCCCAGCCGUCGGAAAGUGUACCCAAAGCAACGAAAAAUGCACCGCAGCCAACUCAAAGUACACCUCAGCCUACAAAGAAAAAAACCCAGAAAAAUAAAGCUAAUAAGGUUGAGGAGACUCGAGUUGACGAUUCUGAUUGUACAAACACCAUAGAGACUUCGGUUGCCAUAACUACCAAGGAGCCUGUUGGAGCUGAAACCAAAAGCUCCAAAGUUACCAAGCCCAAACCUCAGUCAAAUUUGAAGCAGAGUUCAGCAUUUAAGAAACAACCUAGUCUUUAUUCGAGUAUAGUUAAAAAAAAUGUAAACCUCUUGCGUAGAGGCAAACCGGUAUAUUGUCCCAAUGUUCGGGGAACCCGUUUUGCAUUUCAAAGGCCAACACGAUUUCAAGGUCCACCAGUGCAAAAUGGUCCGCCUUGGAAUCAAGAUUAUCAAGGACCUCGGAGACCCAAGGUGUUCCAAGAGCGUGAUGAUUGGCGAGGAGGGCCACCUCAAUUCAACAACUCCGAAAGACCUCAUCACUUUGAUGGACCACCAGAGGUUGAUGACGCAGAUUGGAAUGAAGGCCCUCCUGGCCCACCAAUUCAGAGGGGACCAUUUGGCCCUCAAAGGCCUUCAAAUUUUCAAGGGCCACAAAGUAACGAGGAAUUUCAAAAUCCCGAUGGUUGGGGAGGAGGUCCGCCUCAAUUUGAAAACCCUGAAGGGUGGGAGGACGAAAGGCCUCAUUACUGUGAUGGUCCACCUGAGUUUGAGGAGGUCAAAAAUUGGAACGCAGUGCCGAUGAGGCCCCAUCGAGACGAUGCCCCUCCGGGUCAACUAAUGCAGAGGGGACCCUUUGGCCCUCAAAAACUUCCUCAUUUUCAAGGACCACCAAUUCACGAGGAAUUUCAAGAGCCCGAGGGUUGGGGAGGAGGGCCACCUCAAUUUGAAAACCCAGAAGGGUGGGAGGAAGAAGGGCCUCAUCACUUCGAUGGUCCACCUGAGUUUGAGGGCAAGAAUUGGAAUGAAUCACCAGUGAGGCCCCAUCAGGAUGGAGGUCCUCCAGGACCACCAAUCCAGAGGGGGCCCUUUUGCCGACAAAGACCUCCACAUUUUCAAGGCCCGCCAAUUUUUGAGGAACACAGAGAACCGCCUCGGUUUGAAGACCGGAUGGGACCUCCUGGUCCACCAAGGCCACCUUGGGAUAAUCGUCCACCUGGACCUCGAGGACCGCCCCCUUUGCGAGGUCAUCCACUUUGUAUUCGCGGUCAAGGACGAGGGCUUCGAGGACGAGGGCUUCAGGUACGAGGACGUGGGCUUCGAGGACGUGGGAUCCGAGGGCGGCCUUAGCCUAAUGGACCAAUGUGGCUAUAAUGACCACAAAAUAGAAAACUUGAACAGCGAGAAAUGCGAUGAAUUAUUUGGAAAUUGAUGUUCAAUUGCACGUAAUUUUUUUUUUUGUAUUUACAUUUCUAUCAGGCUGAUUUGGCAACUUUUGCAUGAAGCAGUGGCGUGAUAAUAUUUUGUGAAGUUUUUCAUUUUAAUUUUGUGGGGAAUAUGAAAUGCGGACUAAAUGUCAAGCAAAAAAUUUGUGUUAUUUCUGCGUAUUGAAGCCAGUUCAAUAAUAUAAUUUUAUGUGACAUGCUCAUUUUUUGUUGAGACAAUAAUUACAUGAAAUUACAUAUUGUUUAAUUUGGUAUCAAUAUUGGCUAUAGUUUGAUAAUUCAUACUGAAUUAAUUUCUAACAACGUUUCUUGAAUUUUUUCUUAGUUUCAGCAUUAUGCAAAAAUUUAUUCUGCCCAUAUUGCACAAUCAAGUAGCUUCUGUAUCUGAAAUGCAGCACAUGGUUUAUAUUACUAUCUUGCGAUAUGAGAUUAAUAAUUACUGUAUGCAAUUUACAAUUUCGGAAGACAAAAAUGAUGCAUAUUAAAAUCUACCUUCUUUUGCCAGAUUUUUUUAUAGUACAGAUCUUUUUAUUCAAUUAAAGAUAAUGCCAUUGGAAAAAUUUGAGGCAACUUGUAGGAUUGUGAUAAAUAUAUUAAUAAAAAACCACUUAGAUUAAAAAAAAAAAUGGCAAAACAAUUUGUAAAUCUAAACAAUAGCGCUUUUUGGCUUCAUUGAAUACUCUGUUUUGAUCUCAUAAUGGAGUUCAGGAAUUUGAUGAUAUACAUAAUUACAUUCAACAGUUUUGCAAUAAGAAAAAGAGGAUUAAAAAUGAAAGCAAUAUUAUGUUUAUUAAGAAUUAAUAGUGCAACGGCAUGUAAUUUUUAUUUUAAAGAUCAUAUUAAGAUCUUUUUAAUAAAAUUCUGAAUUGUCAAUUUAAUAAACAUAUCAAUAAGUGGAUUAUAAUAAAAAAAAAGAAAUA